AUGGUUCGAAUCAAAACAAACCUCAGUGACCUCCCACGAUCGUCGUCGCCCCUAAAUCAACACAACAACAACCUCAGUGCUCAUCUCGCCAUGUUGACUGUCCCAACAUUGAUACUGGUGCAGUCAUCGGGAGGGUAAACCCUUCAUGCAAACUGCACCUAUACCAUCAACAACAAGAAGGCUGCCUCUAGUGCAGUCAUCGGGAGGACAGCUCCUUCAUGCAAACUGCACCUACGAUCAAGAAGAAGAGACCCCCUCUAGCAGUCAUCGGGAGGAUAAAACAUUCACGCAAACUGCCGUACUAUAAAGAAGAAGGAGAGACUAUCUUACGGCCUAUUUUAAGGAUCUAUAAGGAUAGCUUGCGGAAUAAGUAAAUGAUAAAAGUACAGCACUUUAAACAACUGCAUUCUCUGAAGAUACUGCCCCGAAAUUUUGAAAACAAGUUUUAAAACUGUAAUUUUUUUUCAAGUGUUGCAUUUAAGCUCUCAAAAGCUCUGUUUAUAAGAUGUUAAAAAAACAGUACUAGAAGAAACUUGCAUGCCAUAAAAAUAUUGAUUUAAAAAUUGGCUAAUACAUCCAAGUAUGAUGGCAGAAUUUGUCUGGUAGCAUUAUCUUAUAAAAUUAAAGUACUUUGAACUCAAAGAAAUAAGUCAUCAGAAGCAAAGAAAUAAUACCUAGUACUACUUAUACAAAUAUUAUAAAAAUUAAAUAAUGAAAUUGGCAGAUAUUUGAAGAUGAACAUGGAGACUACUAUAUAUAUUGAUUCACAAAAUGGCAGAAACAGCUAUGAACAAGAGCUCAUUGGUGCUGGUGCAGGUAGUAAAGACAAUGCAAAGGGGUCAGAAAGCAAAGGCUGUCCCAAGAGGUCAGAAAGUAUUGAACAGAGAUUCCAUAAGUAUCAUGAAGAGAAGCCUACAAGAGCAGCACCCACCUUAGACUAUUUUGAGGAGGAAAUAGAGCUGGAUUUACUCAAUAUGGAAGUCUUCAAAGUGGUAGGUGCUGAAGAACACACCAGGGACACACAAAUUAUACACACAAGUACUCCAAAAACAGAUAAAAGCAGCAGCAGCAGCAGAGAGAUUGGGGAUAAAAAAAGUCAAGUUCAUAGCUCUAAAGAUUCUCCAAAAUUACGUAAUGAGCGAAAGAGUAGCGAGUCCUCCAGAAGACAUACGAAAGAUGGUUCAAGAGGAUCAGAAAAUUAUUGUCAUAGAUACAAUACACGCCAUAAUCAAAGGAAAGGUCAUUCAGAAACAUUAGUCGAUGAGCAAUAUUCUGCUAGGUUGGUUAGCCAGAGAAUAAAAUAUUCAAAAAAAAUAAAAAAAUGUAAGCAGUCAUUGGAAUAUUUUAUACAGAGAGGUAAAGCCGAAGAGGAUGCUGUUGAUUCAAAAAGAGAGGUUGGCAAGUGUAAGCAGGUGAAUGAAGUGUCUCAGCAGGUGAAUGGAGUAGCUCAGCAGGUGAGUGAAGUGUCUCAGCAGGUGAGUAGAGUAGCCCAACAGGCAAGUAAAAUGUCCCAGCAGAUGUCCGAAGUGCCCCAGCAGAUGCAGAAAGUGUCCCAUCAGGUGAGUGAAGUGUCCCAGCAGGCGAGUGAAGUUCCCCAGAAGGCGAGUAAAGUUCCUCAGAAAGCUAGGAAAGUUACCCAGAAGGCAAGGAAAGUUCCCCAGAAAGUGAGGAAAGUUCCCCAGCGGGCUAGGAAAGUUCUCCAGCAGGCAAGUGAAGAAUCCAAGGGAGAGAAUGAAGAGGUGAUCAAAGUGUCCAAGGGGGUGAUUAAAGUGUCCAUGGAAGCAAAUGAAGAAUCCAAAAAAGAGAGUGAAGAGGUGAUCGAAGUGUCCAUGGAGGCAAAUGAAGAAUCCAAGGGAGAGAGUGAAGAGGUGAUCGAAGUGCCCAUGGAGGCAAAUGAAGAAUCCAAGGGAGAGAGUGAAGAGGUGAUCGAAGUGUCCAUGGAAGCAAAUGAAGAAUCCAAGGGAGAGAGUGAAGAGGUGAUCGAAGUGUCCAUGGAGGCAAAUGAAGAAUCCAAGGGAGAGAGUGAAGAGGUGAUCGAAGUGCCCAUGGAGGCAAAUGAAGAAUCCAAGGGAGAGAGUGAAGAGGUGAUUGAAGUGCCCAUGGAGGCAAAUGAAGAAUCUAAGGGAGAGAGUGAAGAGGUAAUCGAAGUGUCCAUGAAAGCAAAUGAAGAAUCCAAGGGAGAGAGUGAAGAGGUGAUCGAAGUGCCCAUGGAGGCAAAUGAAGAAUCCAAGGGAGAGAGUGAAGAGGUGAUCGAAGUGUCCAUGGAGGCAAAUGAAGAAUCCAAGGGAGAGAGUGAAGAGGUGAUCGAAGUGUCCAUGGAGGCAAAUGAAGAAUCCAAGGGAGAGAGUGAAGAGGUGAUCGAAGUGCCCAUGGAGGCAAAUGAAGAAUCCAAGGGAGAGAGUGAAGAGGUGAUCGAAGUGUCCAUGGAGGCAAAUGAAGAAUCCAAGGGAGAGAGUGAAGAGGUGAUCGAAGUGUCCAUGGAAGCAAGUGAAGAAUCCCAGCAAGAAAGUCUUGAUCACAAGAAGGAGAAUGCGGAACUUAAAGCUGAUAUUGACUCUGUACAAGAUGACUCGAUGUCUAAAUGUAAAACUGGAAUUUCUAAGAUAGGAAACUUCAUACAGGAACUCAAGACUCGUGACUCUGAAGACAAGGAUGGCAAGUUAAAAAUGGACAGUGAAGGUUCUAAAAAGGAAGAUAUUAUUUUUAUAAAAGCAGUAAAAACCAAUAAGACAUCUGAGGGUGUUGAGCAAAAUGAUAGAAUAUCUCUGAACAAAGCUAAGGAUUCUAGAUUGGGUAAGUCAAAGAAAUCUAAACAAGAAGAUUUUAAACAUCCUGAAAACAAGGAUGGCAAGUUAAAGAUGGACAUUGAAGGUUCUAAAAAGGAAGAUAUUAUUUUUAUAAAAGCAGUAAAAACCAAUAAGACAUCUGAGGGUGCUGAGCAAAAUGAUAGAAUAUCUCUGAACAAAGCUAAGGAUUCUAGAUUGGGUAAGUCAAAGAAAUCUAAUCAAGAAGAAAGGAAAUUGCACAAGGAUGAUAUGGAGGAGGACAAGAAGACAACACUGAAAAUUAAACUUUCUAGAGAGCAGGAAAAUAUAGAUUUUAAGUCCAAGAAAGAAAUUAAAGAUGCUAGGAAGAAUUCAUCAACUUUGCAGAAUGAUCCCUGUGACAUGGAAGAGAUGAUAGACAAAUACUUAGAGUCUAUAAGGAAAGAAUAUUCAACAACAACAACAACAACAAAGGAACAUGUACCUGAUAAUGAUGAAGUAUGUAAGAAGGUACCUGUAAUUGGUGAGCCACAUAUGUACAGGUUUAGUAAGGUGGUUAUAAUUGGAGAUUCUCGCAUCAAGCCAUUGGAAGAUGUUGGGAUGAAGAGCACAUUUGGCCCUCUAGAGAUCAAGUGUGUGCCAGAUUUGACCUUUGAUAAUCUGAAGGAAGCUGUUAAGCAUAAUGUUGAUAAAAGCAAUUGCCCUCGAGGAAUCUUGCUCAUUUGUAGUGUUGGCAUCUAUGAUAUGAUUGAGUUAAAUAACAAUUUAUCCUGUGAGAAAAUGCUUGAUCAUGAACCAAUGAAGCAAAUCUCUGAUACACAACAUUCUAUGAAAAAUAAAAACUAUUUCUCUUUUUGGGUUAACCUUCGUACAGAUUUAAAGAAAUUAUUCUGUAAAAAUUCGAUGAUCUUUUUUACCACUAUUCUUCCCGUUCACAUUUCUAAAUUUAAUAAAUGCCAGGCACAAGCUCAUAAAAUGGCUACUGGACACAACCCAGGUUAUAGCAAGAAGAAAAGGAAAUUGUGGACGUCAAAAAUGAUGAAUAUAGACUUUUCUGUUAAUUCUGAGGUGAGCAAAUUCAACUCCCAUGUCUCAGUAUUAAGUGUGAGAGGAGAUAGGAAAACAAUUAUUUUUAAUCUUUUGCCAAAUGUGAGAGAAGAUGGGCAAAUUUUUUUUGCAAAUUCUUUACCUCCUAAUCCACAUUAUAAUAUUGAUGAUGGUUUAAACCCGUCAAGAGAUGCAACACAAAAUUAUAUGGUUCCCAUGCUAAAAUAUACCAUUAAGCAAUAUCAUAUGAACAGGUACCAGGAAGUUGUGCUUAUUGGUGAUUCCAGAUUACAAAAAGUGGAAAAAGUGUGGCCUAUAAAGGAUGGAGAGAUGGUCACUAUAUUUACACAGUGCAAGUUGUCCUUCCGAGCUUUGACUGAAGACAACCCCAUUGUGAAGGAAAUUUCAGGCAAGAAGGAUGCACUUAUAGUUCUUAGUUUAGGCAUGUAUGAUAUUAUAAACUUUGUUGCAGAAGAUGGGUGUGACUCCCAUAAGAUGAAAUUGGAAUUACCCUCAUUAUGUUUAGAGAAUUUGGACUCUAGUGAUAAACUCUGGAAUGACUUUGUUAACUCACUGAAGAGCGUUGACGAACUUCUCCGUAAAGUAACGACUAACUGUGAUGUUAUAAUCACAACCAUUUAUCCAUUUGAUUUUCUGACCUUACAGAACUACUUGGUCAAGAGACACGCUGAAGAAACUGGACACAUUGUAACAAUUCCUUCACAAUCCAUGGAAAUAAAGGAAAAAUUGAACAGGAUUGAGGAUUUCAUGUUAAUAGUAAAUAAGUUUGCUUUUACACUUGCUGAAGAGAAACAGUUACCUGUCUGGGACUUUAAUAGUUUGGUGUUUAGUGCUUACAAAUCAGCAAAUUAUGUUCCUCUGUUUGAUGGUUUUCAUCCAACUGCAUUUGUUGCAAGGAGGAUAGCUAAAGCUUGUGUGAAGCUUGCUGAUAAUUCUUUGUAUGUUUGCUGUUCCAAUUUCAGUAUUGUUGAGAUGGAGGAUGAAGCUGAAUUUGACAAGAAGCUUCAUAUGCGCCAGCCAGAUUUAUCUACUGUAUUGGAAAUCUUUGAUGUGUCUGUCUCUCCAAUUUGUAAUGAGACUGUAGUUAAAAGAAAAUGGAAAAACACCGAAAAUGAUAGUAAUGUCAUAGUCACCAUGUCUGAAUGUGAGCCCUCAGCUGCUGGGGAAGAUACAUUAGCAGUCAAUGUAAAUAAAAUAAAAGACUGUAUUUGUCCAGGUGCCUUGAGCUCAAAAAUUAAAAAUUGUGUGCGUGAGAAAAGAGAAGACAAUCUUGAGAGAGAAAACAGUGUCAGUCAGAAUCCUCUCUUUGAUCCUUUCUCUCCAUCUUCACUGCAAUUGCCAUCUCUAGAUAAUGAAGAGAAAGAUUCUGAAUUUCAUGGUGAGGAAACUUGGUCAUUUAAAAAGUAUAAAUUGGCAGGAAAUUACACGGUAAAUUAUACUGAAAGUAACUUCAGCUGUUCCCAGAAUAGCACUCCUGAUCUGAGGCCUACAAUAUAUUUUAGUCAACCCAAAAGUAGUGAAGGAGUUAGCAAAAGUUAUAGUCCUAGCAUUGGCUAUAAUCCAGAGAGACAAUAUAGUCCCGAGAGAGAAAAUAAUCCAAAGAGGGUGACUAGCUCAUGGAGUUAUGGUAGCAGAAUCAAUCACUGCAGUGGAGAUAGGUCGUACAGUGCUGGAAGUAGUAAUUAUGACAAAUCUCUUUCUAGUCCGGAAAGGAUAAGGCGGGAGAGAUGUCACACUCCUGUUAAACAAUACCCUUUAGAUAGAGAUGGGACAUGGAGGCAAAGUCCAUCAAGAAGUUCAAGUAGAGGUGAAAUAGGGAGGCAGAGUCCAAGAAGAAGUUGUAGUAGAGAUAAGAUAGGGAGGCAGAGUCCAAGAAGAAGUUGUAGUAGAGAUAAGAUAGGGAGGCAGAGUCCAAGAAGAAGUUGUAGUAGAGAUAAAAUAUGGAGGCAGAGUCCAAGAAGAAGUUGUAGUAAUGAUAAGAUAGGGAGGCAGAGUCCAAGAAGAAGUUGUAGUAGAGAUAAGAUAGGGAAGCAGAGUCCAAGAAGAAGUUGCAGUAGAGAUAAAAUAUGGAGGCAGAGUCCAAGAAGAAGUUGCAGUAGAGAUAAAAUAUGGAGGCAGAGUCCAAGAAGAAGUUCUAGUAGAGAUAAGAUAGGGAGGCAGAGUCCAAGAAGAAGUUGUAGUAGAGAAAAGAUAGGGAGGCAGAGUCCAAGAAGAAGUUGUAGUAGAGAUAAAAUAUGGAGGCAGAGUCCAAGAAGAAGUUGCAGUAGAGAUAAAAUAUGGAGGCAGAGUCCAAGAAGAAGUUGUAGUAGAGAUAAGAUAGGGAGGCAGAGUCCAAGAAGAAGUUGCAGUAGAGAAAAGAUAUGGCGGCAAAGUCCAAGCAGAAGUUGUAGUAGAGAUGAAACAUGGAGGAAAAGUCCAAGAAGAAGUUGUAGUAGUGAUGAAACAUGGAGGAAAAGUCCAAGAAGAAGUUGUAGUAGAGAUGAAACAUGGAGGAAAAGUCCAAGAAGAAGUUGUAGUAGAGAUGAAACAUGGAGAAAAAGUCCAAGAAGAAGAAGUUGCAGUCCAGUCCAACACUAUGCACAUAGCUCAAGUGAUCAGGUCAGCAGUGAGCAUUUGAGAAAAGAUAGGCACCACAGUCCAUGGAAGAGAGAGAUGCACUCACCUUCACUUUCUCCACAUUCGAAAAGAUCACGAUCACGAUCUAUCUCUCGCUCUCAUGCCCAUUCAAGUAAAGGAAGAAGAGAAGAGCGUGGUUUGAACAGAGGAAGAGAAGAGCGUGGUUUGAAAAGAGGAAGAGAAGAGCGUGGUUUGAAGAGAGGAAGAAGAAAAAAGCGUGGUUCAGAACAUUCUGUCAUUGUAUGUGCCCUGCAUUCUUUGCGUGAAGUUCAUAACCGUGAGUGUGAUAAGUAUAGAAAAAAACCAUUUGCUCAUCCUGAUUACACUAAAGAAUAUCAAAAAUUUGUUGACAAGAAGAGGGAGAGAAUUCUUUCACUUGGAGGUGAUCCAAGCACAUAUGACACGACAAAAGAAUGGGAAAUAUUUUGGCAGUCUCGUAUGGAAACUAUAUUUAAUGAAUGUUGGACAGUCAAGAGAGACCAGUGUGUAUCAAUGUUGCCCGUCAAUAAAAGUUUCUCUCAUUCACCUUCUCCCUCUUCUAGUUGUUCAGUGUCUUCAGACAGAUCAUCAGAUACUAGCAAUUAUAACUUUAGUAACAUUCUUGGAAAGAAAGCUAAAUGUUCUAGAUCACCAAGUAUAGACAGAAAGAAAAAUGUCAAGGAAGUGAAGAUAAGUAGAGAGAGAAAAAUAAGUAAUAGGAUAAAAUAUUUUCAAGACAAGGGAGUACAAGAAGAAGAGAAGAUUGAUCCCAAACACAGAGACUUCAUCAGGAAGGGAAAGAGUCUCAAAUGUUCAUCAAGUGAGACCUUUUGGGAUAAUGGUUUUCUCGCUGGAGAGAAAGGAAGUAGUUGUGUUGCGGAAAAGUUGGGUAUGAAAAAUAUGGAAGGAAAUAUUAAUGAACUUUUACAAGUUAUUGAACCAGUGAAAUCAGUUGAACAUAUUGCAGGAAAUACAGCAAAUUCCUUUGUGACUGAACUAAUACCUUAUAUAUCAAAUGAUGCUAAACAGCCCUUCAACAGGAAUAUUAUGGCCGAGUCAUGUGAAAAAAUUACAUUGAUGGCUCGGCUAUCAAAAAAGACAAGCUGUAGAUUACAAGAUUCACUAAAAACAUCGGGAGUGAGUUUUCCCGAGAAAGAAGAACAGUUGAAACUUAAUACAACCAGGCAAUUACCUGAAGUGGAAGUCUCUUCCACAACUCUUACAGGAUGCUUUACAGCCGAGGUAAUUGACGUUUUAGAGUUAUUGAGUCAUGUAGGAGAGCGGUUAGGGGCAUUACAGAGUCCUGUAAAAUUAUUGCAUGAGCAAGCAUUAAUGUUUAAGUCAAGUGGAUUAGAUGCAAUUAAAAUUUUUGAUGAAAUUGAUAACAAAAUUCUGUUAAACAUGAUAGUAGAUAAAUUAAGAAAGGCACUGAAAGAUGGCACACUAAACAUCAUCCAUAAAAUCAUCACACGGGAAGCUGAAGAAAAACUUAGCCUUUUACUUGAAAAAGAAAAAGAUCGAUCUUUGCUCCAUGAUUUAAAUGUUGAUAGCAUAGCUAAUGCUUGUCUUGGAAAAAGUUCAGCUGAGACUACAACCUUUAUUGAAAAUGCUUUGAUGUAUCUUGGUCACACUAAAGUUCCUCAGGAUCAGUUAAUGAGAAUUCACAUGGCAGUUAAGACGGAACAAGCAAAGAUAUUUUCCCUUUCAAAGAAUGUGCCUCAAGGUAGAGAUUGUGUAGUUAGUAAACCAUUACAGAUACCUGUGCCACCAGGAAAGCCAAGUCAUCAUGAUGCAGUGCCAAUAUCACAACAAUACACCUCUGUUCCACCUCCCUCUUUAGGAUCUGCCACCUAUUCUCAGUCUCACAUAAGAAAUUUAUGUCUGCCUUUUCCUGUUGCUCCUGGACAAGAAGCUGUCCCAAAACCUGUUCAUACAAUAUCACAAGCUCCACCUCAACCUAUUGCUAGUACAUCACAAACUGCACCACACACUAUUGCUUCUACACUACAAAUGAUACCUCAGCCUGUUCCUCCACCUGUCAUUAUGCCAGGAAGUCACACUUUUGGCUCUUCAACUCACACUGCAAGAACUGUAGUCAGUGACAAAUUGUCAUUAACUGAUUUUCUUUCUUCAAUAGUUCACAUUAGUUAAGUUAAUGUUCAGUUAAUAGUUCAGUUAAUGUGAACUGAAUUGUGUUAACCAGCUAUGUUUAUUAUUGUACCUUCAAAGCAAUAUUGCUGCAAUUGAAGUGACUACAUUUAACCCCUUAACUGCGCGGCCUCCAAAUAUGACACCCCCCCAGUGCGCAGGAAAAUUUGUCUAAUUUUAAAGUAAGUACUUUAGCUGCUAUGGAGUCCGUAAGUUCGUGCGUUACGUCGUCAUUCCCUGGUUGCCCGUGGCAUACGCCCCCGGGGCCGGUAGGGCGCUCGGGGCAGGAUGUAUGAGUUGCCGUCAAUAUAUUUUUGUUCAUUUUCUGCGCACAGCUCCAAAUACUUUUUAUAUGCUUUUGCAUGUCAAUCCUAUGUAUAAUGAACACGUACGCUAUAUUAUGGCCGUAGAACAUCCGUACUGUCCGAAGACACUGUGUUACAUGUAUGACACAUGUGUACAUAUAUCCAGCACAUAUUUCCAUUGUAUUAUGCUAAUUUAUGUAUAUAUAUACAGUCUAUUUACACACUAUACACUAUCACACACUAUAUACAUUCACCAUGAACACACCCAGAACUCUGCGAGUGUCAGCUGCCACACCCUCACUCCUCUAACAUCCAGUCUCUCCCUCACUCCUCCAACAUCUUACUCGCCAACAUUGUUCCUACCACCAUACUGUUAUUGUUUGUAUUACACUAUUUACACAU